CCUAAAAUCCCAGCUGCAGCAAAAAUUUAUUAUGUGAAGCGCUUUCUAUCUUCUUCAAAGCUUGUAGCCACGCAGCGUCAAGACCCUAGCGCCGCUUCCCCUCCCAAACCGCCAAACAUGCCAUCACACAAGACCUUCAUGAUCAAGAAGAAGCUGGCCAAGAAGAUGAGGCAGAACAGACCCAUCCCUUACUGGAUCCGCAUGCGCACCGACAACACCAUCAGGUACAAUGCGAAGCGUAGGCACUGGCGCCGCACCAAGCUAGGGUUCUAAGCUGGAUGAGCUUAUUUGGAUUCAAGCUUUGUUUUUGUUUUUCCAAGUUUAUUUUAAGACUUUUUGAUCUGGGAUUUAAUAUUGGCAACUACUGAGGGGUUCAUUCAUUAUCAGAUUUUGAUAAGAUUGUUGACAAUAUUUCAAGUCAUCGUUGCAACUUUGUUUUAGCUAAUGCUUGAUUUCAUACUCCGCUUCUAGUUCCUUAUUA